ACUUUGAGGUCUUUCACCACAUGAACAACCAUCAAUAGUGACGUCGAAAUGAUCACUUUGAGGUCUUUCACCGCAUGAACAACCAUCAAUAGUGGGAUUGUCAGGCGCACCGUACCCGUGGUUGAGAUCUUAUAUGAACUUUUUCCUUGGUAAAGGGUAAUUGCUUUACAAUCACGGGAUAAACUCCCGAAGGACCGAGGCGAGAAAUAGAGUCCCCUCCCUUGCAUCGGAGUUUCUAGGGUUUUACGAAAUCUAUCUGUUUCCUGUACACAUGGAGGCAUAUCGAUUUGACCCUCCUCCCCGCUUCGUUGAAAAAUGAAUGAAUCAUUCUGACCUCUUUCUUUCUCUCUCUCCUCUCGCUUUGAGGUAAGUCCCUCUUCAUCCAUCUAAUCUCGGGCCGCCUGCACAUUCACUCACAGAGUAGGCGAAACAAAGCUAAUUGUUUUAUAUGAAUUUGGAGCUUUUGAUCUGUUUGUUUGUUUGACUGCUAGAGUUUUAGGUCAUUUAUUUGGUGGAAGAGAUUUUUUUAUAGAGAGAGAGAGAGUUCGGUCUGGUCAUUUUUUAGGAUUGAAACCAGUCUGGUCUUGAUUUAGGAUUGAAAAUUUUUUUUAUCUAUUUGUUGAAGAGUUUUUCAUUGUUAGAGGGAAUAAAUGCACAGAGAGGGGGUGGCAUAGAGCUUUUCCCCUUUCUUUCAAUAUCGGAGCCCAGGUGGAAGAGAGCUUUGCUUUUUCUUUCAAUAACAGAGCGGAGGGAGCUUUGCCUCUUAACUUGUAGAUUGGCGCUUCAUUGAGGUGAUUGAAUUGUGGAGGCCAACAAAUUGGUAACAAUGGGCAAGUCUGGUGGGAAAAAAAAGAAGGCAGCCGCAGCUACAUUAGCAUCAGCAGUGGGCACUGGCAGUGGCGGAAAUGGGGGCGAGACCAUUAACAACGGACUGGAUACAGAGUCAACAAUCUUCUUAAAACGUGCCCAUGAGCUCAAGGAAGAGGGGAACCGCCGCUUCCAAUCCAAGGACUAUAUGGGUGCCCUCGAGCAAUACGAGCAGGCUCUCAAGCUCACGCCAAAGUCCCACCCCGACCGUGCUGUCUUCCACAGCAAUCGUGCCGCAUGCCUCAUGCAGAUGAAACCUGUGCGCUAUGAUGCUGUAGUGGCGGAGUGCUCCCUUGCUCUUGAGUCGCAGCCGGGCUUCCCAAGGGCACUCCUCCGCCGUGCCCGUGCCCACGAGGCCCUGGGGAGGCUCGAUCUUGCCAUGCGCGAUGUACAGAUGCUGCUGCAGGCGGACCCUUGCAAUGGUGAUGCCAUUGAGCUCGCUCGCCGCCUGCGUGUUCCUCUUGUCCAUGACCCUGCCCAGCAGGACCUCCAGCAGAGGCCUUUGGUGGCCUCAUCUUCGUAUGCAGGAACAUCGCCAGCUGCCCUUGGUGCGUCUGCAGUUGGGGGUGCCCCGAUCGCAGGGCUUGGCCCGUGCUUGCCAGCACGCCCCAAGAAGCUGAGUAAAGCUCCCCCGCCUUCCCCACUUGAAGAACCAUUGUCCUCAUUGAGGGGUCAUCCUGUUUUGAAACAAACACCCAAAAUGGUUUCCCCUUCUACUCCGUCCGAGACUGUUCUCACUCCCACAAAGCCUGCAAAUUUGAAGCCAGCGGCAUACAGGACUGUGAAUAUGGGCAAAGAAGAGAGGGACUUGAAUUUGAAGUUAUCUGUGCGUUGGAGGCCACUGAAGUUGGUAUAUGAUCAUGACAUCAGGCUUGCGCAGAUGCCGGCAAGUUGUGGGUACAAGGUUUUGAGGGAGAUUGUGAGGAAGAAGUUCCCAUGCUCAAAGUCGGUGUUGAUGAAGUACAGGGAUUCGGAGGGGGAUCUUGUUACAAUCACAGGAACAGAAGAGUUAAGGUUGGCAGAGCUAUGCGCUGACUUGUUGAAGAAGAAGGAUGUGGUUGAUGGAUCUAUCGAGGGUGAGGUUUUAGAGGAAUCUCUUGGAGUUUUGAGGCUUCAUGUUGUGGAGGUUAGUCCCAAGCAGGAGCAUUUAGUGGAAGAUGAAGAAGAGGAGGGGCCUCUGGCAAUGGUUGGAGAGGAAACUGGUUCCGCAAUUGACAUUGACUCUGUUGUAGAAGAAAAGAAGCAAAAAGAGGAGGGUGAAGCUGAAAGAAAAGAGAAGGGUGAAGAUGAGGUGAUGGAGAUGGAUGAUUGGCUCUUUGAGUUUGCUCAAUUGUUUCGUUCUCAUGUGGGUAUCGAUCCAGAUGCUCAUGUGGAUCUGCAUGAGUUGGGGAUGGAGCUUUGUUCGGAGGCAUUGGAGGAAACCGUGACUAGUGAAGAGGCACAAGGCUUGUUUGAAAUGGCCGCUGCUAAGUUUCAGGAAGUGGCAGCUUUGGCCUUCUUCAAUUGGGGCAAUGUACACAUGUGUGCAGCUAGGAAGCGCAUUCCUUUGGAUGCCGAGGACCCUUCAUCAAAGCAAGAGGAAAUCCUUCGAGUUGCCUAUGACUGGGUCCAAGACAGGUAUUCUCAGGCUGGACAGAAAUACGAGGAGGCCCUUAGAAUAAAACCUGAUUUUUAUGAGGGCUUACUUGCGCUGGGGCAACAACAUUUUGAGACUGCGAAACUUGGGUGGUCUUAUGCCUUAGCAUGUAAAAUGGAUUUAUCAAAUUGGGAUUCAGAAGAAACAAUUAGACUUUUUGAUAGUGCGGAAGAGAAGAUGAGAGCUGCCACAGAGAUGUGGGAGAAGUUAGAGGAGCAACAGAAGAAUAAUAAUGAUCCUAGGGUUAGUGCCAGCAAGAAAGAAGAAAUGCUUAAAAGAAGAAAGAAGGUCAUUGCUUCAGGGAAUUCUUCCAACUCCACUGAGGGAAAUGGAGAGCUCUCUGCAGAGUCAAUGGCGGAGCAAGCUCUUGUUAUGAGGUCUCAGAUUCAUCUUUUCUGGGGUAACAUGCUCUUUGAGCGUUCGCAAAUCGAGUGCAAAUUAGGGAUGGCUGAUAAAUGGAAGAACAACUUGGAUGCAGCCCUUGAGAGGUUCAAGCUGGCGGGGGCUUCUGAGACAGACAUUGCUGUGGUCUUAAAAAAUCACUCCUCUAAUGUGGGGGUAUCAUCUGAUGAAAAGAAGAUCACUGAGGAGGUGAGUGUAGAAGCAGGUUUCCCUGAAAGUAACGGCACAAGUGAAGAUAAGCUUUGAUGGUGGUCAUUAAUGGUACUUCUUUUGAAGUAUGGUGGGUUGGUGGGUUGACAUGAUGAACCACCUGCGUUUUUAAGUGGGUUGAGUUUGGUUUGCAGUUUAAGCCUUUAAUUGAAGCUAUGGUACAAGUUUGGGCAGUUUUCAGCUUGUCCUGUAGACUCUAGCUGCUAAAGUUAAGAUUUUGUAAGCUGGACAUUCUUUGUUUUAUCAUUUCUAAGGGAGGUAGCUUGUAGCCACUGUCAUUAUAAUAUUAUUGACUUGAAAGUGAUCCAUUCUGUUUUUUCUUGAAUAUUAAGACAGUCCUUUUUGCA